AAAGGCCAUAUCAGUUCGCAGUGCUCGAAACCGAAGAAGGCGGCUACUGCAGCUCAUACUACUGGUAGGGUGUUUGCUCUGAGUGGGGCUGAAGCUCCUAAAGAAGAUAAUCUGAUUAAAGGUACUUGCUUGAUUAAUAAUGUUGAAUUGCUUGCUAUUGUUGACACUGGUGCUACUCAUUCGUUCAUUUCGUAUGAGUGUGCGACCAGGAUUGGUGUGAUUAUGUCGUCCCUAGGCGGAAGUAUGGUGAUAGAUACUCCUGCUAAUGGUUCUGUGAAGACUUCUGUUGUUUGUCGAGGUUGUCAUCUGACGAUCUUCGAGAGAGAGUUCGUGGUUGAUUUGGUGUGCUUACCCUUGCACCAAAUUGAUAUUAUUCUGGGAAUGAAUUGGCUAGGAUUCUAUGGCGUGUUCAUCGACUGCUAUAGGAAGACGGUGCGGUUCUCUGAAGUUGGUGAGAAUGAUGAGGCAAGAUUUCUAUCUGCUAGGCAGAUAGGGGAUUUUGUGAAAGAUGAAGCUCAGGUAUUCGCUUUAUUUGCGUCUCUACAAGCGGAUAAGAAAGUAGUGAGUGUAGAUUUGCCUGUUGUCUGUGAAUUUCAGGAUGUGUUUCCGGAGGAUGUAAGUGAUUUACCUCCAGAACGUGAAGUCGAAUUUGCCAUUGACUUAGUACCAGGUACGAGUCCAGUGUCGAUGUCUCCUUAUAGAAUGUCGGCAACUGAAUUAGUUGAACUGAAGAAGCAACUUGAAGAAUUGCUUGAGAAGAAGUUUGUGCGUCCAAGUGUUUCUCCUUGGGGUGCACCAGUAUUGUUAGUGAAGAAGAAAGAAGGUACGAUGAGGUUGUGUGUCGAUUAUCGGCAGUUGAAUAAGGUGACUAUCAAGAAUCGGUAUCCAUUGCCGAGGAUUGAUGAUUUGAUGGACCAGUUGGUUGGAGCUCAUGUUUUCAAUAAGAUUGAUUUGCGAUCGGGUUAUCAUCAGAUCCGAGUGAAGUCAGAUGAUAUUGCGAAGACUGCUUUCCGUACGAGGUAUGGUCAUUAUGAAUACACUGUGAUGCCGUUCGGUGUAUCUAAUGCUCCAGGUGUGUUUAUGGAAUAUAUGAAUCGUAUAUUUCAUCCGUACCUUGAUGAUUUUGUUGUGGUGUUCAUAGAUGAUAUAUUGAUAUAUACAUGCAUGUCCGGGGUUAUCGAUUUGGUUCUUAACAGAUUGCUUCUUUUAAUCAUUGGAAUUCCUCUUGAGAAGAAAUUUGGUUUUGUUCGAAUUGGAUUGGUGUAUGUGAUAUCGGGUUUGGGAGGAAAUUUGUUGUGUGCUUUAUUCCUCCAUUCAAUCAUCUACGUUGGUGCAUCUGGUGCAAUAUUCGGCUUACUAGGAGUGAUGCUAUCAGAGCUUUUAACAAAUUGGAAAAUGCAUACUCAUAAGUUUGAUGAGAUGUUGAUUCUUGUUGUGAUCAUUGUUUUGGACUUAGCUCUUGGAACUUUUCCAUUUGGAAGUAAUUUUAGUAACAUUGGAGGGUUUACAUCAGGAUUUCUUCUUGGAUUUGUCAUUUUGACUCGCCGUCAGCAUCAUUGGCUUAAUCUAAACAAGUCUAAUACUUUCCAGAAGCAAGAAUCUUAUCAAUAUGCGCUUCGGAUUAUCUCUUUUGUGCUACUUGGUGUUGGAUUGGUCGGCGGCGGCGUCUUGUUCUUUAAAGGGGUGGACUUGAAUGAUUACUGCUCUUGGUGCCAUUAUAUAACCUGUGCCCCUCCGAGCUGUAAACCAGGCUACAUUUCUUGUGAGGAUUACCAGAUCGGAAACAAACUUAACGUGACAUGUUUGAACAAUGGAAGAAGUGGCAUUUUUUCUCUGUCAAAUCGUAACCCUGACGAGCAGGCUGAAGAACUAUGUUAUCGCCUUUGCGGUAAAUAA